CCCACCAUACAAUCAAAUAACCAUAAAACCCACAAAAUAAAUAAAAUUCUUAUAAGGGUAUAUUAACAAUUACCCACUUUCUAGGGGUAUCCAAGCAAAAAAGCCCCCAUAUAUAUAUCCAUCUUUCUCGGCUCGGCAUUCCAUCAAACACCGCGUAGCCAUUCCUCAUUCUCUUUGCGGCAAUCCAUCGAGCACUUGAUCGGCAUCCAAUAUCCAUCCAUGGGAUUCCCUUCGGCCUGCUACUGCGUCGUCCUCCCCAAACCUCUCGUGCUCCUAGUCCAGCUCCUCGAUCACAUGGAGCUCACCGUCUCCGCCGCCCUCGAAUACCUCCGCUUACGCUCGCCCACACCCGAUGACGCCGCGCAUCAGACCUUUCUCUCGGAUCUCCCUGGCAGCGGUAUCCCAUCGGUGGAGAGCUCGGCGAUCAAGCAGCUGCUUCCGGUGGUGAGCUUCGGGAGUUUGAGGACGAUGUGGGAAGGGGCGAGCAGCUGCGCUGUUUGCUUAGGUUCCUUGAAGGCCAAGGAUGAGGUCCGGCAGCUAGGUAACUGCCGCCAUGCCUUUCACCGUGCUUGCAUCGAUCGGUGGGUGGAUUUAGGCCGUGUUACUUGCCCUUUGUGCCGUUCCCAUCUGGUGAGCCUUCGCCAUUGUUGAUCCCUUCGCAUCAUCCUCAUCCUCAUCUCUCUCUCUCUCGCUAUGUAUAUAUAUAUAUAUAUAUAUGAUCUUCUUCUAAUUAAACCUUUAUCUCUCUUCAUUAGUGCUAAUUAAUCUUCUUUUUUUCUA